AGUCGUUUAAACACGCUUGACCCAUCAAUCAAGUCUCAAAAUAAGGUGAUUUGUGUUAAUUUAUGAAAGUACACUGAGUUCCUGUGGUGCGAUGGAGUUGGGUUGUGUGACGUUACAGGGUUCUUACCUUUUCCCUUUUACAAAUUCUCGAGCUAAGACUGCUGUUCUUCCGUCAAUAAGAAAUUCAAAGCCAAUUCAUUGUUUCUCUCAUAAGUUUAAAUGUCGUCCCUUUAUUGUUAAUCCAAUCAGGCUUAGCCGAUACUCCCCCAUUGCUGCUGUUGUUGGUGAUACAACUGCUGAAACCACGUCUAUUCAUGAGGAGCCUACAAGAGAUGGUGAAGAGAAGGAUGGUACUAAGAGCUUGGAUGAUGGCAAAAUGAUUAAAGUAUGUGACAAACUCAUUGAGGUUUUCAUGGUUGAUAAGCCCACUCCGACUGAUUGGCGAAGGUUGCUUGCUUUCAGCAAGGAAUGGAACAAUCUACGCUCUCAUUUCUUCAAGCGUUGUCAGGACCGUGCCGAUGCUGAGGAAAACCCUGGAAUUAAGCAUAAACUUCUUCGGCUUGGACGCAAGCUGAAAGAGAUUGAUGAAGAUGUGCAAAGACACAAUGAGCUUCUUGAAGUCAUCAAGGGAGCACCAUCAGAAGAAAUAAGUCAAAUUGUUUCUAGACGCCGUAAAGAUUUCACUAAAGAAUUUUUUAUGCAUCUACACACUGUAGCAGAAUCAUAUUAUGAAAAUCCAACAGAGCAAAACGCUUUAGCGAAGCUGGGGAACAUGUGCUUGGCUGCUGUACAAGCUUAUGAUACUGCAACUGAGAGCAUUGAAGCACUCAAUGCUGCUGAGUUGAAGUUCCAAGAUAUUAUCAAUUCACCUUCUAUAGAGGCUGCUUGCAGAAAGAUAGAUAAUCUGGCUGAGAAAAAUCAGCUUGAUUCAGCAUUGGUGCUGAUGAUCACUAAAGCUUGGUCAGCUGCUAAGGAAUCAGACAUGACAAAAGAUGAGGUAAAAGACAUACUGUAUCAUUUAUAUUUGACGGCAAGAGGUAACCUCCAGAGGAAUAUGCCUAAAGAGGUUAGGAUUUUAAAGUAUCUUCUUACAAUUGAGGAUCCAGCGGAGCGAUUAUGUACUCUAAAAGAUGCCUUUACCCCAGGAGAAGAAAUUGAAGGGAAAGACGUGGACAACCUAUACACGACCCCAGAAAAGCUCCACACAUUGAUGAGGACUCUGGUGGAUGCUUACCAGUUCAGCCGGGAAGGCACUCUUAUGAGAGAAGCCAAGGACCUAAUGAAUCCUAGAAUCAUUGAAAAGAUGGAGGAGCUGAGGAAGCUAGUAGAAAAGCAUUUUAUGUGAUGAUGACAAUAGAAUCAAUACUUAUCAGAAGCACUUUCUGAAUUAAUUCAAUCACAUACAACCUUAAUACACGAAGCUUUACAUAAUUAACAUCUCAGAAGCUCCGUUUCUGUGCGGUUGCAUCUGUGACACCGAGAAACUGUCAGAGGAAACCUCCCUAGUUCUUGUAUUGUACCCUUGGUUUCUCCUCAGUUUAGCGUCCUAGAAAUUUUGACAACACAAAGCAGGCCCUCUAUUUGAAGCAUCAAACUAUAUUAUUUAUCAUAGUUUCUUGUAUCAUAUGUAUUCUCUCAAUUAAUAUUUUAUCAUUCACAGGCUACAUGUUCUUUCUGAAUAA